GAUCCUAUGUAAUGGUCCCGGGACGUGUAUCCCCAUCUGCUUCUCCGCUUUCCUCCUCAGCAUGGUGGGCAUAAAGAAGAUCCUCAUCGUCUAUGUGGAAAGUUUAUGUCGCGUAGAAUCUCUGUCGUUGUCUGGACGGAUCCUCUACUUUAUGGCUGACCACUUCAUUGUCCAGUGGCCUCUCCUGAAGGACAAGUAUCCCAACUCUGUAUACCUUGGGAAGAUCGUAUGAUGACUGUCCUGUACGGGGAGCAAUGUCUAUAACAUCACUGGAUAAGGGGUCUGGAUUGUAUCUAUUACAUCACUGGAUAAGGGGUCCAGAUUAUAUCUAUAACAUCACUGGAUGAAGGGGUCCGUAUUAUAUCUAUAACAUCACUAGAUGAGGGGGUCCGGAUUAUAUCUAUAACAUCACUAGAUGAGGGGGUCCGGAUUAUAUCUAUAACAUCACUGGAUGAGGGGACCCGGAUUGUAUCUAUAACAUCACUGGAUGAGGGGGUCCGGAUUAUAUCUAUAACAUCACUGGAUGAGGGGGUCCGGAUUAUAUCUAUAACAUCACUGGAUAAGGGGGUCCGGAUUGUGUCUAUAACAUCACUGGAUAAGGGGUCCAGAUUAUAUCUAUAACAUCACUGGAUGAAGGGGUCCGUAUUAUAUCUAUAACAUCACUAGAUGAGGGGGUCCGGAUUAUAUCUAUAACAUCACUAGAUGAGGGGGUCCGGAUUAUAUCUAUAACAUCACUGGAUGAGGGGGUCCGAAUUAUAUCUAUAACAUCACUGGAUGAGGGGGUCCGGAUUAUAUCUAUAACAUCACUGGAUGAGGGGACCCGGAUUGUAUCUAUAACAUCACUGGAUGAGGGGGCCCGGAUUGUAUCUAUAACAUCACUGGAUGAGGGGGCCCGGAUUGUAUCUAUAACAUCACUGGAUGAGGGGGUCUGGAUUAUAUCUAUAACAUCACUAGAUGAGGGGGUCCGGAUUGUAUCUAUAACAUAACUGGAUGAGGGGUCCGGAUUAUAUUUAUAACAUCACUGGAUGUGGAAGCUUAAAACACACAGUAAUGGCUGCCUUGUACUGGGGUUGGUAGUGGUCCCAGCAGUUGUAGCCCCACAUCUCUUAUACAUACUAGCAAGUACUCUGCGUUGGCCAGUUGCCUUCCGGGACAGCAAAAUAACAAUGAUGCUAUGGUCCUCGUAUCAUGGUAUAUAUGGUGGGUGUAUACUCUGUAUACAGGAUCUGUCAGUCAUCUGGGGGAAUAUUCCUGUCAUGGUAUAUAUGGUAGGUGUAUACUCUGUAUACAGGAUCUGUCAGUCAUCUGGGGGAAUAUUCCUGUCAUGGUAUAUAUGGUGUGUGUAUACUCUGUAUAC